AUGUCCCUGCCGGAGUCAGCUAGGCGAGUCAGCCCCAAGAAUGAAGCAGCUCGAGCCCCUUCCGUGGAAGAGACGCCCGUGAAGCUGAACAUCUACGACGUGACGAACAAUCCCACGGUUCAGUGGAUCAACAGCCUUUUCGCCAACCAGUACUCGCCCGUGAAGUUUGGCGGGAUUUUCCAUGUCGGCGUGCAGAUUGGUUCCCGGGAGUGGGCCUUCGGCUACAAGCCCUCGGGCACCGGAGUCUUCUGGACUCCGCCGCUCUUCGCGGGAGCCCACCACUUUCGAGAGACGAUCGACAUGCCGCCAACGACACUUUCCCGGACAGAGAUUGCAGAGGUCAUGACCAGCUUGGAAGCCAAAUGGAGCGGGCCCAGCUACAGCGUUUUCCGGCGGAACUGCUGUCACUUUGCUGACGAGGUGUGCGAGCUCCUUGGCGUGGGCAGCAUCCCAGAGUGGACCUACCGCCUGGCCAACAUCGGCAGCACGGCGGCCGAGGAUGCAGGCGAGGACCCAGGCGAAGUGCGCUUCCAGAAACUUACCUAG